CGCGAACAGGUACACUUUCCACGAUUAAACUCUAAAAUUAUUAACAUUACAGAAAAAAACUCAAAAACUAAAAAAUCUAAAUCGAUAAAAGAAUCUAGUUUGAAAAAAACACUAAUAAAUAAACAAAAAUUAACUCAACAUCCAAAAACAGUCGGCCAUUAUUCUAUUUUCAAAAACUACCAAUUUGACUGUUUCUUUUAAAAAAACAACUAACAAUUACCGUAAAAAUAUACAAAAAGACAAUAAACUGUAUUUAAACAAAAAUAAAAGAAAAAAAGGACAGAAAAAAACCGAAAAACCUUUUUUUGUAUAAUGUUAUCACGUGUUGGGAACAGUGACAUCACAAGGCCAAAAGUGCCUGAUCAGUGUGUAAACUUAAAAUACUCGAACUGGGCCCCAGCUCAGAAGACCGAGUUGUAUUUUCUAAUUUUAUUAUCCUUAGAAUAUUUUUUUUUUUAAUUUUUGUUUUAAACAGUUUUGGAAAAAUCCCAUACGAUAAUAAACCUAGAAUAGGGUUUUUUUUGUAUGAGCCGCGAUGGAAGAGGACGUGCUGACCACUUUGAAGAUACUCAUCAUAGGCGAGAGCGGAGUUGGGAAGUCUAGUCUGCUGAUGAGGUUCACUGAGGAUAAAUUUGAUCCUGAACAAUCGCUGACGAUUGGUGUUGAUUUCAAGACAAAAAAACUAACGAUGGAUGGUAAUACAGUGAGACUUGCCAUUUGGGAUACAGCUGGACAGGAAAGGUUCCGUACGCUUACACCCAGCUAUUACCGUGAUGCACAGGGUGCCAUACUUGUCUACGAUGUGACCCAGUCAUCGACGUUCGCAAAACUUGAGACUUGGCUCACGGAGCUCGACACGUACUCAACCAAGUCAAACAUCGUCAGAAUGGUCGUCGGUAACAAGAUCGACAAGCCCGGGCGGGAGGUGAGCCGAGAUGACGGUCUCAAGUUCGCCAGCCGGCACGCGACACUUUUCAUUGAAUCGAGCGCCAAGACGAAAGACGGCGUACAGUGUGCCUUCGAAGAGCUAGUGGAAAAAAUAAUACAGACACCAGGCCUUUGGGAAUCGUUCAACCUGAACAAGACGAUAUCGGUCGACGGGAACGAAGGCGCAUUGCAGACGACAUGCGGCGGAUGGCAACAGUGUUCUGUCGUCUGAAAAAAGGAAGGAAAUCCACCAUAUGCGCCCGCUUAAUAAUCACGCCAUUAAAUCCUUCUUUUUUUCUUUUUAAUCACGCAUUUAUACGUAUAUUUAUACAUAAAUAAAAACUUACCUAUUUUGUAAAUACGUGCACACACACUCACAUGUUUUUUAUAUAUGUAUUUAUGAUAUAAUCGUGAAAAUAGGGAAUAUAUUGUUUUAUUUUUAAUUGGUCAAU